AUGUCAAAGCCAUAUUAUUUCUUUAAGAAGGGGGUGAGGGUUGGAUUGGAAGAUAAUACAUUUUUGACAUUAUGGGAACUUCUAGAGUCUUGGAUUAUUCAAAAUGAUUGGAUGGCAAUCUUCUUUAUAAUUUUCAUAGGAAUUAUUUUUGAGAUAAUACUCAUAAAAAUAUUUUCAUCAUUUUGGAAGAAGCCUACAAUUCCAGAAGAUAGUAGUAGUUCAGAUACCCAAGAGAAUGAAGACAGUUGCUUGGAAAGCAUGAAAUUUGCUCCAGAGAAUUGGUCAGUUAUUCAUUCAUCUUCAGAAGAAAGAGUGGGGGCUGCUGUUGAGAAAAGAAUUACUUCAUCACUUACAUCUGAAGAAAGUGAAAGUAAUUCUGAGGACAAAAUUUUGUCUUCAGAUGAAAUAAUACGGGCAAGUAACAGCAAAAGUGAGUAUCAAGUGAGUCACUUUAGUGAAAGUCAUCUGCUACCUUCAAGUAAGACCAACUCAUCUUUGUCAUUGCUUCAUUCAGAAGUAAGAGACAUCUUUCUAAGUCAUGGAGAAUAUCCAGAAAAUGAAACUGUACAGUUUUCCUCAAAGAAAUUAUUUUCAAUAAUGAAAACGAACAAAAAUAAAAAUUCAGAGUUUUCUGGUCUUAAAUUUUCAGUAACUAAAUUGGCUGUAGAAAAAGAAGAUCUAGAUGUGGCACCAUGCCCUCCUGCCCAUUUAUUACUUUCUAGAGACCAGGUUAGACUUCUGGAAGAAAACGUGAGAAAUCAAAUUCCUUCAAAACCUAAAGCUAAGUUAGAGAGUGAAACUACAGAUCGGUGCUUAAGAUUCCAGGAGUCUUUGAUUCAGAAUCAACGUUCUGCUGGAAUGGUAAUUUCUACCCAGACACAAGAUUCUUCUCUAGGACAAAAUGCUAUUCCGAAUGAAGGUUUUUAUGAAAUGCGAUUUCUUAGUCAGGCCCCCAAAUUUGUUCACAGCCAAGAAUCUGUCAACAGUCAGCCUCAUAUCAAGGCCAGCUACUGCGCUCAACCUCAAGAUUUGAUGAGUAAACCACUUUUUGGCAGCACACAAGACUCCUGCCAGGCCGAAGAUUUGGACAGGAGCCAACAUUUUGUCAAAAUGACACAAGAGUCAGUCAAAGGCCUAGAAUCUGAUGAACAGUUAGGUGGGGCCCAAUAUCCUACUAGGUUGGAAGAAUCAAACAAGAUCAAAUAUUCAGUCAAUGGGCAAAAUACUAUUUUUAACAACACUGAAUUUCUAGUUUUAACUCUAAGUCCAAAUUCGGUUGUGGAAGAUAUUCCACAACCAAAGAGCAUAAAGCCACAAGGCCAGCAACAAAUUGCUUCAUCAGAAUUAACCCAGGAUUCAGUAUACAGCGCAGUGUCUCUUUCAAAUACCAUUAAAGGGCAUAAAAACAGAAGAACAACACCAGACAGUAAAAGCAAACCCAGUCUUAACAAUCCAUCUCUAAAAGCAAAGAAAACACCAAUUUCACAGGUAUUUCAAAUCACAGUAAGUCACACUUCAAAAAAUAAGAAUGAAUUAGGAUGGAAGAAUAACAUUGAGAAGAAAGAAUUACAUGAAAGGAAAGAUGUAUCAGAUAUAGCUUUACAUCUUAUUUCUGCUUCCAAGCUUAUUUCUCCCUAUAUUAAAAAAUAUUCCAGAAAAAAACUAGUGAAAGUCAUGCCAGCUUUAAGAAAAAGUGGACAUUUCCUACAGAAGCGAAGUAAGUCACUAGAUACAGAGAAAAUCAAUUAUACAGGUUCUGUUGAGGAGAGAGGAAUCUCAGGCAUUAUUAAAAACAUAAAACAGUAUGGAAGAGAAAAUGAAGGAGUAAAUAACAUUUUACCCCAAACACUACCUCACUUAGAACAGUCUUUCAUGGUCAACACUGAUCAACUAAAAGCACCUUGCUCAUUAAUAGGAACAAACUGGAAGAGUGAAGAGUCUCUUAAAGAGCCAAUAACACAAGCAACAGAAACUGGUAUUACAGAAUUUCUUGGCCCAAAUAGUAAAAAAACAUUUGAUGUGCCUAUUCCAAAGCAUGAAACACCUUUAGAAGAAGCUAUAUCAGAGCCUAUGCAGAAGCUUGUUUCAUAUUCCAAAAUGGAAUUGAAUAGAACUAUGAAAAUACAGGAAGAUCGCCAAAGUACAAAGAAUUCCCAUCUUCAACUUCCAGAUGGAGAGCAGUUACCAACCAGUACACAAACAAUGGAAACUACACGGAAACAAGAUUUUUUGGAAGUUGUUCUGGAGUUGUCAAAUGUCCAUUUGCAAAUUUUCCUAGAAAACAAAAAAGACAAAAGUAAUGAGGAAUUGGAAAGAGUAAAAAUUCAACUGAGUACAGAAAGUAUAAACCUAAAGGAAAAGAAACCAUUAAUACUUGAUAUCAUGGAAGACAGUGACCUAAGUGAAAGUGAGGAACUGAAAUACCAGAGUAGAAGCAACAUAAAAAGGACAUAUCAAGACUCAUCUGAUGCCACUUAUGCUAUCAUUUCUGAACCACCUGAUAUGGAAAUGCACAGCAAAUUAAAAGCCAAGACACAUACGUCAAGAAUAAUAAGGCUUAGUCAUUCAGCAUCAAACCAAGAAAAAUUGCUAGAUGAAAAGAAAACACAAGAUGCAAAAUACAUUGAGAAGAGCUCUGUGUUUAAAAAGCCACAACAAUGUGAUAGAGAAGAAGAGGACAAAGAGAAACAAGAGGAACGAGAAGCAAUUUCAGAGCUGACACAAGGGUUCAGGGUCAGCAUACAUCUAAAGCAAAAGCCCAAAUAUCUGAAAUUCAAAAUGGAACAGAUCAGUUCAGAAGAUGGAAAAACUCCAUAUAAAAAGCAAACUCUUUCUACACAGACCACGUUGGGGCCUAGCCCGUGCCCUGCGACAGAUCUAUUUCAACUUGAGAAGGUGAAGCAAAGCACAGACAGACCCACAAGCAGAGAAGGUGUUGUAGAUCCAAAAAAUCUACCUACAAUGCCAGAGACCUUGCCAGGUGGUGAACUUUUCAUUAAAACAACAGAGUAUUGUGUCCCAUUUGGUAAAAAGGAGACACUGGAUGGUCACAUUUUAGAAGAAAAGCAAGACUUAAAAAGAGGUUUACCAGCAGUUGCCCAAGGGUCUUUCGAUAGCCACAUGUCUACUUUAUUAUAUUGUAAAAGGCAGAAAAUUAAAAAGAAGUCAGAAACAAGAAGUAUGCCCAGCGUCAAAGAUGUACUUAAUAAAGUAAAGAAGCCAUCAAUCUCACCACCACGUAUCCAUAUACAUGGUACGCUAAGCUGUAGGAAAAAAUUGGGAGGCAAUUGUAAAAUUAUAAGUAAACAGAUUCUGCAAAAUAAAACUGUGGCAGAUGGGUUUCUAAAUGUUACUUGCCCUCACAAGUCUAUUCUGCCUAAUACUAAAAUGCAUAGCGGAUUAAAUGCUGAGAAUCACAGUCAUAUCAAGGCAAUGCAAGAGGAAUCUCAAAUUCCAAGGGAAGGAAAGUAUUUAGACUCUACUAAUAAGGGAAAUGAAUCUCAAAACGUAACAAAUGCUAAAUUGCAAGAUGAAGAAGCUCUACCAAAAGCAGUAGAAGCUCUGCCAAAAGCAGUAUCCCUCCUUCGGGGGAGCUGGAAUAACAGACUUAAUGCACAUCCAGUGGUGGAAACAGGGAAAGAAAUGCAUCAACCAGUCCUACUCACAAACAGCAUUAUGGAGUCUAUUGAUUCCCCCAUAGUGGCUCCAUCUCACGUCAAGAAUGUGAAGAGAAGCCCAUCAUCACAAACAGACUUCAAGGGCACUACAGAUUCAGAGCUGCUGUCUCCAAUAUCAGGACAAUCACUGACUGGAGACCCUUCGAACCAAACAAGAGAAAGUGGUAUUCCAAGUGAUGGAAGUGAUACGAGAGAAAUGGGUGACUGUUUUGCAGGAAAAAAGGCAGAAUUACCAGAAUAUUUACCAGCAACUUCCCCAGAGACUUUUAAUUGCUGCAUGCCUACUUUAUCUCUUUCUGAAAGGAAGGAAAGUGUAAUAUUCGCACACAUGACAACUACAACAGAGCCCAAGUGUACAAAUAUGGAGGCAAUCAAGCCAUCAAUCUCACAAAUAUUCAGUAUCACAGACCAUGAAAAGACAUUGGAAUCGGAUAUCGAGACCAAAGUUAAAAAGAUAAACCAAGCUGAAGGAGUGUUUCUUGAAUAUGUAAAUACCCUUUACUCUUCCAUACACAGCAGAUUGCAGAGAGAGUUCUGCUGUGCUCAGUUAGGGCAAGGAAACCCAGUAGAGAAAAAGUACAUCGACUCCUUUGCUAAGUGUAGCACAUCCUCUGGCAGAAAGGAAAACUUGCAAGAUGGAGAGGAAGAGGAACAAAGAGCCGCACUAGAUGCAGCUCCACAGCAGAACCAGCACCCAUCGUCUGAUGCCAGUCCCGUGGAGGGGACUCACCUUGGCAAAUCAGAUCCAGCACUGAGCUGUUUAACACAGGAACUACCUAUUAAUGGGGAAAAUGCUCCGCACCAAACAGGUUUUACACAAACUAGUUUGGAGGCUAGCUUCAAAACGAGUCCUGUAGAAGCUGAAGAACCACAGAAAACCAUCAAAACAGAAAAUGGCAUAGAAGUCUCUGUGUGUCCGAUGGUUCUACCUCCCAAAGCUUUACAGGCUCCGGAGAAUAGCCACAGCUUUGUACUCAAUGCAUACCAGAAGAAUCAAGAGCUUUUCAAAUCAGAUGAGGCACUGAAUCAAUCAGAAAGUACAAAUACUCAGGUACAACUACAAACACAUGUUACUCAAACCAUUUUGGGGUCCACUUUAUGUCCUAUAUUGGAUCAAUUUCAAUUUGAAAAGCUAGAGAGUUGUGUUAGGUUUUCGCCUCUAAAAUCUGGGGAAGCAAAUGUUGAUGAAGUUCUGUUUUCUACAAAAGAAGGUGGUAUUUCAUCUGAUACAGGCUGUCAAAUGGAACAGGCCGGUAGUAGCGAAAAGAAAGAAGCAAUAAAUUUUGAUUUCUGCAUGCCAGACUUAUCUAUGUCUCAAAGGAAGAGAAACUUCAAACGAUUUUCAGAUAUGAGAACUUUAGUGAAUCUCAAAUGUGGAAUUAUAAAGGCCAAGAAAACAUCGAUUUCAUACAUGCUCAAUAUCACUGGUAAUUCUAGUGCAAACCACAGAAAAGAAUUGAGAUGUAACUGGACAACCAAAGUGAAAGAGGUGCUUCCAGAUAAAAAAGUGGCAGACCAAACAUACUCUUCUGUGACUGUUACAGCUGACAUUAGUACCGAUGGCAAAGUAGAAAUGGAAAAGGACACGCGGAGUGGAAGAAGACUCAGUGUCACCCAAGUAAAGCAAGAGAUGUCACCUGACAAAGGGAGUAUUGCUUCAGAUGACAUCGAAGGAACCAAUGCUGAAGAGGAAGAGGAAGAGGAAGAGGAAGGUGAAGAGGAGGCAUUACUGAAAGGAAUUCCACAGUACAGCCAACAUUUCGUAUUCUGUUCGCGUCAGAGGAAGGAUGUUGACGUUCACAAAUUAAAAAGCCCAGGAAGUAAGAGGAAGAAUGUCUGCUUCUACAAAUCAAAAAGCCAAGGAAGUAGAAAAAUUCUGUUUGUUACAGAACAAGGUGUCUCUCAGCCUAUGCAGCCUACUGAUCCAAAACAAGGGGAAGAGACGGAGGGACACCUGCAGACACAAAGCGACACAAUGUGUGCAGUGAGUUCAAAGCUGUCUCCUCUAAAGUCAGAGGAAUCACUAACAGAGACAGAUGGGCUGCGGGAAACAGGAGUUAGUCACAAACAGCAACAGAAAGAGCAGUCAACAGAUGAAGAGACGGCCUGGUGUACAGAUCCCAGUGACCAGGUCAGCGCCUCAGAUGGCACUAAGGACGUCAAAGACAAAGGCGGACGAACGACCCGACACCGCAGUUUCAACACUUAUAAAAUAAAGGAUCUUACCCUUGUGAAGUCAAACUUGGAACUUAGGAAGUCAGCAAGCAAAAAUAUCCCAGAAGCUCAGAAGAUGCAACAACAAACACUUGCCACACAACGUGUGUUAAAUUCUAUUUCUCGUUUCAUUUUGAAUUCACUUUCAUUUCAGAAGUCUAUGAAAAGAACAAAACCUCCCAAAUGCAUAGGAGAUACAGGGAGUUUAGAUAUUUCAUCUUCAAUGCCAGUGAAAUCAAUUAGUGAAUCUUUAAUUCUCGCAACACAGAGUGAUGUCCCCUCUGAAAGAGGCCCUAGUAAGGAAAUUAUUAGUUCUAUUCCAGAGAGAGAGACAAGAUUACAGAAGGAUUUGCAAGUGAGAACCCCAGAGUCUUUUGAUUUCUCCAUACCUGUUUCAAGUGACUUUGAAGGGCAAAACAAUGCUGCAGAAGCCCUUAAGUCUGUAACUGAGAAAGCACAGAUUCCAUCAUCCUUUGAGAUAAUUAAUGUCACUAGGAGGAGUGGCCUGACCUAUAGAAAGAAACAGGAAUCCUCCUCAGAAAAUAUGGCCAAAGUAAUAUGUAAAGGUGUGUCAAACACAUUCGCGAAUACUUUUUCUCCUACAAAACUUUCAAAUUGCAUAAAAAUACUUAAAAAAGCAAAAAGCCCAUUAAGAAAAACAAGCUAUUUAACACAGCUAAAGCAAGAUGAAGGGAAAAGGUGGGACACAUACCCCUCUAACAAACAGGGUAUCUCAAGUAACACAUUAGAAGCCAGAUGGCAAAACGAGGAAGAAAGAGAAGGCAAAGAAGUCUCCUCUGCGACAGGUCUGAACAGCACAGCAGGUACAAAAACGUUAAGUUUGCUUAUUCCAGAGCAAGAAGCACAGCAGCAAAGACUGGUUUUGGAAAAUAUAUUGGAAUCUGUCUGUUCUCCUUUGAGUCCAUUUCAGACUAAGAAGCUGAAGAAGCUCUUGCCACGAAAACACACACUUCGUGACAUAGGUGGAGAGAUUUUGUAUCCAAGAUCAGAGAAAGCCACGCCUGGCAGCCUUUUAAUUGAUGAAAUUGAUGGGAGCCCUACAAAAGAGCUGGAUGUUCCUGGUGUCGUUACUCUACAACUUGAGGGAGUAAAAGAAAAUGUAAAUACACAAAAAAUCAUAAAAUGCACAGUUGAUCAAAAUAUCCAACCUACCAAGUCAGGGAAUUCAGUGUUUGGUGGUCCAUGUGAUAAAAAAUCUAAAAGGAAACUGGGUGGUGAUGUUACCAAGAAACAUGAAGAGUUGCAAAGAGAUUUGCUAACAAUGAGCAUGAUGUCUGCUUUAUCUGAUUCCACAAAGCAGAAAAGGGUAUACAAGUUUCCAGAAAGGAAAAGUCUUAGGGGUCCCAAAUGUGUAACUAUGAAAGCAAAGAAGUCUCGUUGUUCACAGAUGCUUAAUAUCACCCAGCAUGUAAAUCUACACCCUAGGAAGAGACAGGAAUGCUCUUUAGAAUGCAUGGUAAAAGACAUACAACCAAAUGAACGCACAGCUAACAUGUUUUUGUCUCCCACACCUGUUUCAACUGAUAUAAAAAUAGAUAAUGAAAUGCAUAGCAAAUUAAAAGCAGAAAUGGACAUGCCAAGAGUAAAAAUAUAUAAUCAUAUUCAUCUAGAGUUACAGAAGUCACUACAUGAUGGAGAAGCACUGAAGGCAAAUUUGACUGAUCUGCAAAGCAGAUCAAGCAAUGCCAUGAAUAUGAGCACACAACAUGAAAAGGAAGAGAAAAGUAUAAUCAGUCCCAAGCACGGAACCUUGAAGGCAAAGCAACUGCAUAUUUCACAGUUGUUUACUAUCAGAAGUCAUCCUACAGAAGGCCAGAGGAAGAAAAAGCAGCGCCAUCACAAGUACAAGAUGAAAGAGAGGCAAUGGUACACAAGUACAAGAGAGGAGUUACUCAAUGCCACUGGGGAUGCUAAAAGUCCACCGCCCAAAUCAGUGCUCAAUAAACUCUCAUUCCAUACAGUGACAAGGAGCACUCUACUGUCUAAUAGAAUACGUCAAUGGAAUCUGGAUGGUCACGGCACAGAGGAAAAGGCAGAGUUACCAGAAAACUUAGAUACAGUUUUCUUGGGCCCUGCAGAUUUCUUCACACCUGUUUUAUCUGAUUCUGAAAGUCAGAUAAACAUAGCACCGUUAUCAGAAAGGGAAAUUAGAUUGAAUCUCAAACGCUUAACUGUGAAGAGAAAGAAGUCACCAGUUUCACGGAUACUUAAAAUCAACAGACAGUCUACCACAAAAGAUAGGAAGAAACGGGAAUACUAUUUAAAAACACUGUCUAAUAGAAUACGUCAAUGGAAUCUGGAUGGUCACGGCACAGAGGAAAAGGCAGAGUUACCAGAAAACUUAGAUGCAACUUUCUUGGGCCCUGCAGAUUUCUUCAUGCCUUUUUUAUCUGAUUCUGAAAGUCAGACAAACACAACACAGUUAUCAGAGAGAGAAAUUAGAUUGACUCCCAAACGUUUAACUCCGAAGGACAAGAAGUCGCCAGUGUCACGGAUGCUUAAAGUCAAUAAACAGUCUACCACAAAAGAUAGGAAGAAACUGGAAAACAAUAUAAAAAUCAAACUAAAAUCAAUGUGGCAAGGUCAAAAUGUGGCUAAUACAUUUCCAAAUGCAGUUUACCUCACACCAGAUACCUCUGACAUUAAAAUACAAAGCAAACUCCAAACAGAGAUGGACAUUGGAGUGGCAGAGUUUAAUCAUACAGAACCAAUACAAGUCUGCAUAGGGUCACCAGAUGAAGGGAUAGCAAGGUAUUCUGAUUCCAUUGACAAAGGAGGAGCUUCCAACUUUUUAAAGGAAGCAAUACUACCUGAUAGAGAGAGUGAGGAAGAAAAGCAAGAACAUCCGAUAGAAACUAGCCUAUUCUAUUUUAAAAACUUCAUGGCAAACAGAUAUUUCCUAAAAGAGCCUCAUUCUGGCAAAUCAGAAAGUGUGCUUUUACAAGACUCUUUUUUCCCAACAAGUCAGAUUUACAAAGGGAAUUCAGAAAAAACUGUAAAAAUAGAAAAAACUGAAAAUGUGAAACCAGGUCUCAAAGUUGGACUCCCAGGGAUAGGGAAAUCAGGCGUCUUUGAAGAACUGAGUGAGACAACAAGUGAUGCUAUCUCCCGUACGUAUGAUGAAAAGGAAAUUGACUGCUCUGUUUUAAAAGAAAAAGUUUUAUACAUUUUAGCAGAAAUUGUCCUAGAUUCUAUUGGCAGGCAUUUGCCUACUUCAGAACAAAUUAAAAGACAGAACAGAAGCCUAAAAGUAGCUGACAGAUCUAGUCCCAAAGCUCUACCUGUGAAGGCAAAGCAAUCAGCUUCCCGGCCACUUGACCCUGUAGGUCAUGCUGCUCUGAGCAUUAAUAAGAAACAGGCAUGGAACUUUAAAGCCCCGAAGAGAGAAAUAGCAAAAGAUGAUCUAAUAAAUCAAGAAAUGAAGAUAAAUGCAGAAUUUAGUUCAGAAUCUGUUUCUUUCUCUAAGAUACAUCUACUUCAAAUUGAAAAGCAAAAGAAAGAAUUUGAAAGUGUGAAUUGGAAAACAAUAGCAGAUUUCAAGACUCUUGCCCCACAAAAGCAACAGCAAGAGCUGGGCAUCUUAGGAACCUACUGGAGUUCCCCUGACACCUGCACACCUGUUUGUCCUAAAAUUGUAAGACAUAAAGAUAAGGCACAAACAACAGAUGUGGAGAGUGCUACGCACACAGGAAAGGUCAGACUGGAGGCUAAGAGAACAUCAGCUUCCCCGCUGCUUGGAUAUGGUACUGGAAGAAACAAAAAAACCCGGAGAGGUAACAGCCAGCAGCAGAAGCCAUUCCAGCUGAACAGAGAGACAAUAAAGCUAGGUUUGAAAGCUACAUAUGACUUCAGAUUCCUUACAUCUCACACUAAAAAGCUCAUAGGCAUAAAAACACAGAAAGAUAAGCCAAAAAAGAGGGUAUGCAAUCUUCCACAGCAAGAGCUGGAGAAACCACCAAAUGAAAUGCAAAUGUCAUUGUCAGGAUGUAUUGGUGUGUCCAGCAUCCUUAGAAAACUCGAACAAAAUAUUAGAGAGGAAGAAAAAAAACACCUACACAUACCCCAACGAUAUAGUCAGCCACUACGGACUAGGUCACAACAAUUCAAUUACAGUGGGUUCAAAACCCCCCAAAUUAGAACAGAUAUAGGACUUGAAUCCCUUGUUGUACAAAGAGUAAAGGAAAGAGCUGUAGACAUUGCCAAAUGUUCAGUUUCAAUUCCGCUGGAGAGAGAAGGAUCAAUGGAAAUUGAUAGUCCACUAGGAUCAAAAAGACAGAAUAUAUUUCUGAGAGAACUGGAUGCUUCUCAACAGAAGACUUUCCAGGAACAAGAAUCUGUGGAAGAAGAAGGUAUUUCCAUGACAAACUUGGAAUUGAAUGCCUGCCCUAUUAUGGAACCUCUUCAUUUGGAAAACACAAGAAGGGUAGCUAAGGAAGGAGAUGUGUACCUCAACAGAAAAAAUAUUUCUUACCUAUUGAGAAGAGAAAGAUUUAAAAAACCUGAUAUCUUACUAAGUUCCAAAGAACAGAAAUUUCUUUGUACAAAUCUAGAAGUCCAGCACAAAACGCCUGCAGUGCAAAAAGAACAGGUGAAUUCAGAGUGUGUUUCUGAAAGUAUUCUGGAUUCUGUAUCUUACCCCAAUAGGAACACUCUUCAUUUGAAACAGACAGUGAAUACUAUAAGAAAAGAAAAUGUCAGUAUCUCUGAAAGUUUCAAUUACAGUCCAAAGGGAAAAGAACAAUCAAAGUUAACUUCUAUCCCAUUAAAGUUCAAUAGACAGAAAAUGGAUUUUUCAAAAAACUUGAAGAUAAGGCAGCUAAAUAUUUGUAACCAGACUAAAGAAAGUAUUCUGGAAUCUGUUUCCUGUUGCAUAUUGCAUCAUAUUAUAAAUCCAAAGAAAGAAGUCUCAGCAAAAGAAAUAAAGAGUUCAAAAAGUUCAACGGUAGAAAAAGCAUUGAACAAAGUAGGUAUUCCAGUGGUUCGGCCGCCUUGUAUUUUAUUCAGAACAACACAAAAACAGGAGCACCUGUCAAUUUCUUAUGAGAACUGUCUGGAGCCUAUGUCUUGCCCUCAGAAUUAUCGUAGUGUUCUGCAACAUUUAAUACCUCCAACAAAGGAAGCAUUAUCAGAAGUAGGUAAUGUGUCAAGCACAACAAAAGGACUAGACUUGUUUGCUAAAGAUCAACUAAGUUCUAUCUAUGACUAUGGACUGCAAUGGAUUAUGCCAUUGGUUACUCCAAGGCAAAUUAAUAAACAAAACACAAUGCUACCUUUAGAAUCAUAUGGUGAAAUUCUAAAAUAUCUGAAUCCUUCAUUUCCAAAAGGAAAGAGGUCAUCAGAUAAGACACAGAUAAUUGAUUUGUUAUCAAAUGGCAGCUCACCCAAGCUAGGAGUUAGAAAGAAGAUAGAAUCACGUCAAGAAAAUCAAAACGUGGAAAUAAUAUGCCUGCCUGUACUAUUUUCACAUUCUCUUUCUUUGUGUGUGCCUGUUUUACAUGAAAGUAAAAGCUGGAAGAACAGCAUAAAAGGAGGAGUUAUGAAAGGCAUACUGUGCCGCGAAACAAGGUCUCUGAAGUUGAAGAAAUCAGUUUUGUCCCAUAUACUCAAUCCCACUGAGUAUGGUACCCCAAACAACAGACCACAAAGGCAGUGGAACGUAACAGAGAAAAUUACAAAUAAAGAGACAACCAAUAAGGUUAUCUUAAGUAACGUGAAAAGGGCAAAACAGCAUAUGUUACAGGAAGCAAAGAAGGGCAGAAUGGAAGCAGUCACUCUGAAAGGAAUAUUGGCUCCUAACAUUAUUGUAAAGGCAAAGAAAUCAUCGUUGUCACAUAUACUCAAUAGAAAUGAAUUACCUUUGCUGUUGGACAUUAUAAAACAAGAGAGAAAGCUGCAAGAAUGCAAAAGUAAAUGGGGCAUGAGACUGACAACCUCACGUGCUCCCUUAUCAUCUCCAACACAUCCUAAUGUGAGUUCAAGAAUAAGUGUAGGAACAAGUACGUCAGGAAUACUGAAGCGCUCCCUUCCACCACCAACGCUCCAGGCAUUGUCAAAUUUCAGAAAAAUAUCAUUGGCAGAGUCAAUUAAUAGAGGUACUGUAAGCAAUGUAAGAGAAUGGAAACGUUUGCCACAGAAAAAGAAGGAGAGUAGAGAAGAUAUAGUAGAUAUGAAAGAUAUAAUGGGUCUCAUAGAUAUCAUUUUGAAAGGAAAGAAGUCACCUUUUGCCCACUUACUGCAUAGAAAGCAAACACAGAGGAACAAUAAAAAACAAGAGCAAAUGAAACAGGAAAAUAAAAAAAAUCUAAGUGCUUCCAUUCUUUCUUCACCUCACUUGGAAUGGGAUUCCAGAAUAAAAGACAUAUACGUGCGAGGAGUAACAAAAUUCUGUCUUCCUUCAUUAACACUCCGGGAAUUGUCAGGCACAAUGGAAAGAUGUGAGGAACCAAUUGAUGAUAUUUUAAGCAGUAUAAAAAAAGCAAAACGCAUGCCACAGAAUAACAGAAUGGAAAUAACCUCAGAAGAAAUCAUGCGUUCCAGAACAGCUCUGAAGGUAAGGCGGUCUUCAGUGUUACAGGAAAUACAGUUGAACACCAAGGAAAAACAGAAGAAAAUGCAGGCAGAGAAAGAUAACCUCGUUGAGAUUUGGAGCAAAGUCGCUUCCAUUUCUUUUUUACCUUACUUUAAAGUGGGCACAGUAAAAGGAGAGGAAACCAUGCUGAUAAAAACUGGAUCCUCUUUUUCAAAACCAAAUUUCCAGAUAUUGUCACAUAGAGAGAAAAUAGGUUAUGAAAAGUCUAUUAUGGGUAAUAUCUCAAAUAGUGUGAAAAAAGCCCUAGAAGACAUGAUGCAAAAAGAAAAGGGAAAAGGAAAAAUAGAAAAAGUUAUACUUUUGAAUAAAAACAAAUCAUCAGUUUUACAGGAAAUUCAUUUGGAAGUCAAAGAACUGGAGAAAAAGACACAGAACACUGAAAGUGAAUCGGGUGUCCUUCUGUCCAAUACUGGCAUUGCCAUACCUUCUCUUUCUCAUUUAAAAUUGGAUACAAGGAUAGAAAAAGCAUAUUAUGUGACUGAAGUAACAGGAUCCCCUCUUCCAGAACAAUCACACCAGAAACCAGUGAUAAAUGUACACAGAAAGGGCAUUGAUAGCACAAGUGAUGUACAAAAAGCAAAAGAAUACAUGACAGAAGCCAGAGCAAAGAUAUCAACCAGGAAAGCCGUAAUGCAUCCAAAAGAUGGAGAUUUGAAAGGAAAAGAGGUGCUUUCACGGGACCUACCUUCAAAUGUUAGAGAGCCUGGGAAAGUAGACAGAGAAGACACAGAGCACAGGAGAGCAGACGGAGAAGGUAAAGAGCCUGGGAAAAUGCAUCAAGCAGGCAAAGAGCGUGAGAAAAUGGAUGCAGAAGGCAAGAAACAAGGGAAAGUGUCUGGACAAGCUGAAAAUCGCUGGGAACCGGAUCCAAAGGGGGCAGAGCAAGGGAGAGGGCUUAAACAUGGUAAUGAACGGGAAGACGGUCCAUUUUUACAUUUGUCUAAAUUUUCUCAAAGUCACCAUGAAUUACACACAAGAAUAGGAGAAGACAUACAAGGGUUAACAAGAUCCGCCACUUCACAACUAUGGCACCAGGAAUCCUUUGAGUUUGAUGCAGCACACACAAAGUCAAUUGGGGAGGAUAUCUCAAAUGAUGUAAAAACAGUAGAACAGUAUGAGCCACAGGAAGGGGCAGAUGGAGGAAAAAUAGUAAAUAUGAACCAUGAAAUGCCACCUGAGGGCAUGACGUCCAAGGCAGAGCAACUACCACUUUCACAUAUGCUCAGAAUUGCUAGAUGUGGUGGCUCGGAAACCAGAGAUAGAGAGACAAGCAUCAAAGAAAAUGUGGGACCCGUACAGAAAAGAAAAAGCGAACUAGAUGAAGUCCUGACAAUACCUUCUCUACCUCAUCAUAAGCUAGACCUAAGUAUGAAAGGAAAGAAAGAGAAGCAAGAGUCGCAGGAGAGGUCAGAGAGAGGAAAGAUAAUAUGCAGGAAUUAUGAAAUGCCACCUGCACAUCACAGGGAAUCUUCCAACAUCGGGAAAUUAAAAUAUACAGUGUCACCUUUGAAGGGUGUCUCAAGCAAUUCAGAAAGAACAAACUACAAGACACAAGUAGAAGAAGAUAAAGCAAAUGUUUCUGAGGAAAGGUUAACAUCCCCCAGGGACACGGUUGCGAUGACCAAGAAAUCAUUCCUUCCCAGUACACUCAAAACAAAGGAACUACAAAUGAGCAUCAAAGAACAAGGGGGAAAAGGGCCAGCAGGCAGAGUGGGAAGAGUCGUAACUCUGAGGAAAACUGGUCUCUUCGCCACUUUUCGGACUCACUUUAAAUUAGAAACAAUAAAAGAAGAGGAAGAAGAACCAGAAAUACUAAGCUAUGGGCCACACCUUGCCCUCCAGGGAUUACUGCUCUCAGGGCAAAUGGCAUCUACAAAGUCAGCUGAUGGCUGUGUAAGCAUAGGAAAAUAUCGACCAAAGAAAGAAGACAGAAUACAAACAGUAGCUAUGAAAGGCUUAACCCACCCCAGUGGUGCUGUUUUCAAGGAAAAGGUAUCACUAAUUUCACAUGUAUUCAGUUCCCCUGAGCCCAGUCCUCUGAGCAAAAGAAAGGAGCUGCAGUGGGACAUUACAGAGGAAGUAGCACAGAAGCAGGACAGGGCAGGAGGUCCUAGUGUGGGUCCGACGGAGACUUACCUCUGCAUGCCCUCUCCAACUCACCACAGAUGCUUACCUUCACAACUACAGCUUCCUGUAUCAUCAGGUGCAGGGAGAAUCAGAUGUGCAGAUUUAAAGGGAAGUCUUCGCGCACAUAAUGUACUAUUAAAAGCAAAUAAACAUAUGCCACAUAAACAGGCAAAAGACAGAUUGAAAAUAAAAGACAGGGAGGGUAGAUUACGCCCCAAAAGAAUAAGUGUGAGAGCACAGACACCCCCAUUUGCAUAUCUGGGCAAUAGAAAGAAACUCCCAUUGAAUAUUAAAGGUCAAAGGAAAGAAGUGUGGGAAGGCACAAGUGAACCCCAAAUGGUUCCCAGGAGAGCUUCAGCUUCCUUGCCUCCUCUUCCACCCUGCUUGACAUGCAACACUAGAAGGAAUGAAAAGGAAGGUCCACUGGGAACAUCACCAUUCCAUUUUCUACCACAAAAGAUGAAGGAUUCGUCAGAUUCAGGCAAAAAAGCAUAUACUGAGUCAUUGUGUAGUUGCAUGUUAAGCAACAGAAAAGAACCAAUCCAAUCUACAACACAAGAAGAGGAGAAAGAUAGAUACAAAAUAGAUAGGGAAGGCAAAAUGCUUCCUAAAUGCAUACGUCCUAAGGCAAAGAAGGUACUAUUUUCAAAUGUACUCAAUACCAAAGAUUUGAAGUGGAAAAUUAAAGAACAAAGGAGAAAGAUAAAAGAAGAUAAAAAUGAACGAGUGAGAAAUCUGACAAACACUAAGACAUCUGUUCUUUCUCCACCAUACCGUACCUUUCAUUCAACAGAAGGAGAGGACGGCGUGAUAAGAAUUAUAAAAGAAUCAUCAGAUGCAAGGAGAUUAUCAUGUGUAAAAACAACUGGUGGAGAACGUUCAAAUGAUGUAAGAGAAUUAACAGAAAAAAUGCUACAGAAAGACAAGAAGGACAGAGAAAAAGUUCUUGUGGAUAUGAAUAGUGUGGUAGAUCCUAACAGGAUAUACUCAACGGCAAAGAAACCACCCAUUUUACAUACACAUAAUUUAAGUGACCUUCAGUUGAAAACAAGAGAGCAAGAGGAAAAGAUCCAGAAAGUUAAAAGUAGGCCAGUGGUAAUACUGACUAAGAGUUCCGCUAGAUCUCCCCCACCUCACCUUGACAUGAAUGCCAAGGUCAAGGAAGAAACCAUACCAGCAUUAACCAUAUCAGAUUCUGGAGGAGGAAUAUAUAUACAGCCAACUACUAGUGAUCGUGAUAUUAUCAUCAGUCUAACAAAAGGAAAACUGCCACAAGACAAGGAAGAGGCUGGAGUGCAAAUAGUAAACAUCAUAAUGUUAUCUAAACAUCAAGAAAAGAAGGUUCAGGAAUGUGAAGAUGAACCAGGUGUGGUUCUGACCAAAUCCCCCUCAUUAUCAUCUCUGCCUCACCUCAUAUUGGACAAAGAAACAGAUGAUGCAAUACUAAGAUUUACAAGGUCUGUUUUGCAGAGAUUGUCACAUGCAGGCGAGACAUCACACACGGAGUCAUUUGGUGGUCACGCCACAAGCAAUGUUAAAAAGGAAAAACAACAUGUGCCUCAGAAAGAAGAGAAGAACAGAGAAAAAAUAGUAGAUAGGAGGGGCACAGAUAUAACUUUGAAGUCAAGGAAAUCACCUCUUUCCUCUUUGCUCCAUAGAUCAGAAUUGCAUCUGGACAUUAGAGGGCGAGAGCAAAAGGAACACGGAGGUGAACCACCAGGGAGGGUUCAAAGAAAAAUCUGUGCCUUCAAACCUCCACUUGGCCCUAAACUGGAUAAAAGUACACAAGUGGAUGGAGAAAAGCUUGGAAGUGACGCAUCUGCUCUACUUCCACAGAUCCUUCCAGAAUUAUCAGGUGUGGAGAAAACAGCAAAUACAGAGGCAAAGAGUGGUGACGUAAGAAAAAGAAAACCAUGUAUGUCACAGAAUGAAGAAAAAUGUGAAGUGAAAACAGUAGAAAUGAGGAUCUGGAAGCCUUACAAAGAGGCAAGGUUCCCACGAGUGUCACACAUCAUUAAUAAAAAGGAAUUUGUAUUGAAUAUUGAUAAUCAAGAGGAGAAAGUACAAGGCAGAGGGGAAGUAGGUGGGGUUUUGGUGAGGACUUCUCUUUCUAAACCAGCAUCACCUCCCCUCUGUCUGGAUUCGGGGAACAAAAUGGACAAAGACACACCAGGAAUUACAGGAUCCUCUUGUGCACAGCAAAAUUUCCAGGUAUCAUCAGACACCCAGAAAAUAGGAAAUACAGACUCAGUUGCAGGUGAUGGUAAAAACGUUGUUAAACAAACAGACCACCAAGUAUCUCCAAAAGAGGGAGGGCAGCAGGGGGCCUCAGACUUCAUGAUCAGUGUCCAGCAAGGGAAGGAACCCUCCCGAGUCAAAUCAGAAGGAGAUCUGAAUCAGCUGGGUUUAAAUUUCCAGGGUGAGGAUAUUUAUUUCAAGGGAUUUGGUACCAUCAGAAGUGGAAAAAGGCUGGAAUGGCUCUUUCCUGGGCAAAAGUCUCAGCCAGAAAAAUACAAAACAGAAACUUUUACUGUAUGUCUUUCCUGUCCCACAAUGGAUGCACGUAAAAUUGGAAGUUUAAAGAAAAACCCUGAAAUAAUGGAUAGCUUAAACUAUAAAAUAAGUCCUAAGGUCUCAGUUUCACUGCCAGGGAAAACAUCGAGAGAAAUGCAUGUCACACAUGGCAGCCCUGUAAGUGUCAAAGACUUUUCUGUUUCAGAGAGAUAUGCCCACCAGCAAGAAACUUCAUCAGAAGUAUUUCCAGAAUCUGAAGAUUCAUAUCACUUUGCUAAGCCAGAGAAAGAUGUACCAAGUAAUGAUCGAAUACGCCAAGUGCUUUCCUCCAAAGGGUUAGCACUACAGACAAAGGGAUCUCUGGAAAAAAUAAAUAUCACGAAGUGUAAUUCCUCUAAAAAUAAGGACGCUCCAAAUAGUGACACAAAAAAGCAAGUGGUGUCAUGCUCUAAAAGUGGGCACAAGAUAAGGAUGAACUCUGUCCUUUCUCUUAGGUUUCCACCUCGAAAUGGAAAUCAGAAGACGUCAUUGGAAACAGGUAUAGGCAAGAACACUACAGCACGCCACAGCCUGCAGAUACUACCUGGAAUGCCCAUGAAUGUUAUGGAGUCUGAUGCUGCAGGCAGGAAAAGCCAACAGGCCCUGCUAGUUGCAGAACAAGAGGAAUGUGUUCUCGACUCACUUCAGGAGUUCCUGUCCCCACCUUGCACUUUUCCACUUCAAUCAGGAGAUGUAGGGGCAAAAGAUGAAACUGACACAAAUACCAAUAUAAAUUUGGAACAGAAAAAAAUAAAAGUAGACAAUAACAGUGCUGUGGAUCAAGGAGAGGGAAAAUUAAAAGUAGAUACAAAGAGAGCUGCACAUCUGGAAGAAGACAAAGUGGAAAUACACAAGAACAACGCUGUCAGUCUGGAGAGGAAAGUCAGACCAGGCUCAAGGAGGGUGGCCCGCUGGUGCAUCCCAUCUCUAAAGGAAGAAGAAUCUCAGAUGAAGACUCAGGCAAUCACUCCUUUAGAGAACCAUCUAAUAGAGCAAAACCAUAAAAAGGAACCAGAAGCACCUAGUGCAAAACAAAAUUGUUUUCAAAGGAAUGUUCAGCAUUCAUUUUAUUCCCCUACUGCUCUUUCUCCCAAAUUCGAAGGCCGGAAAGGCGGAUUAACGAUAACGCAUCUGAAAAGAGAAUUGAACCCCAAAUAUUCAACUAUGAAAAUGCAAAAUCACCCAAUUGCACAGAUUCUUAGCAUUAUAGGAUGUGGCACUCCAAGCAAUAGAAAGAAAUUAGAGUAUGAUGUUAAUGAAUCAAAGAAUAUGGUUUCAUCCAAAGAUGCCUCCAGAAUAGUUAUCAGAAGCAUUUCUAUUUCCAAGAUGAGUCCACCUCACCCUGAAGAAAUGGUAAGAUCUAAGACGAACCUAAGAAGAGAAAGCAGAAUCUGUGUGUCUAAAUUCCAAGAGAAAUCACCAAACACUAAUGAAAUUGUUAAGAGGAGCACCUCGACAGGCAUAAAAGGGGAACACAAUUUUACAAAGACAUUUUUACAAGAUUCCCAGCUUUUUGUAGCAGAUGGACAACAAAUACAGAAGCUUCCUAAUGUCAAAUCAGAAGCAAUGCUUAGAAGUGAAAUAAAUGAAAAAGUGUUAAAUACACAAACAAAAGAAAAGGUUGUUCCAGGGCAUGAUGUCUCAAGGAUCAGGAAGAAACCAGACUUGAAUAUGAUCAAGCAAGAAGAAAAACUACCAAAACACAUUCUGAUAUCCACAGAGUGUUCAUCUAUGUUGGAAGAGCCAAAGCUACACAAGCAAAGGGGUCCGACUGAACCUGUGUGGGAUGUGACCACACGGAAGAUUCAGCAACCAGAAGUUUUUCCAGGAACUGUGCCUGCAUCACCUCAAGUUAAAAGGAGUGAAAUCCACAUAGCUGCAAGUGGUAUCAGUGCCGAACGUCCAUUUCCUACUUACGAAGCAAUUAAAAAUGUCUCUGAAUCCCACAAAAUAAAUACGAUCCAAGACAAAGUUUCUUCUGAUAAUCUAGAAGAAAUACAAGCCUAUAAAUAUGAUGACUUGAAGUCACCAGCUUUUCCAGAAGGUCCAGAUAAAAUAUCAACAGAAAUAUAUCCCAAAUUCCAACAAUUUACUCCCCAGGACAAAAAUAAGCUUACUAAUGAUUUGAAGUCAAAAGCGCUUGAACUAAGACUGAAUAUGAUCCCAGAGACGGCAAAAAAAUCAGUACGAAAGUCCAACUUUUAUCUAAAACAGCCUAUUUCAGAAGGUAAGAGUUGCAGGUUCAAUCCAAGACAUAAAAAAAUGAGCUUUAUGUCUCGAGCAUGGAUUGACACCAUCAUGCUUAACUCAAAUCACAAAUACCAACCACAUUCACCCCCUGUCAGCUGUAUGAAGACACUGAGGGGUGGUGGUUUGCGUGGCAGCAUGGAGAUCAUUACCAAGUUCAAGGAUAUUAAUAAGCAAGAAAGUGGAACAUCUUCAAUGUCUUCUGCUAGUGAGAAGCCAUUGUCUCAUACUUUCCAAAACUGCUUAGUAAAAGAAAAAUCCAAACUUCUUAUGCACUUUAGUAUGAAAACAUUGGAGAUCCAAAUGAAAACUUUUCCCAGAAUUGUACAAGAAUCUCACGCAACGACGCGGGCUCAGGACAGAACUAAAGCUUCAUCCAACUGUAUUCAUCCUGCUAUCAAAGUACCUAAACAAAAAAACAGAAUUUUGUUAGUUUUUGAGGAAAAAUCUCUUCAUCAAAUAGAUCUUGAUUUACAGUACAAAUACCUUCGCUUUCUCCUGGGGCUUCCUGGUGGAAGUAUGUUCCCGAAGCCAAGUGCACUUCCCAAACAUAUUCGUAAAUUAAAAACAAUCGCAAUAUGUAAAAAAGUAGAAGAUAGUGGGGAAAGUUGUAGCUUUUCCAUUGAUACAGAACUGUUAGAACAACAUAUCUCUUUCAAAAAGCAGAGCCCUCAUGAAAACUCAUCAUUCAGAAAAUUCCUGGAGCCAACUACCAGGCGUGCUUCGGACCUUAAACUGCACAUCCCAAGACAGAAAGAUACUCCAGGUCUUUCACGCUUCAAAUCCCAUGUGACGCCAGAAAAAGAUAAACGAUAUCAUGUGUGGUUUCAAGAAACAAGUACAUAUCAGUCUUUUGAUUUAAGGACUACUAGUUUGUCUGAUUCAAUCACAACUCAGAUUUCUGAAGAUUGUACUGACAUUAGGACAGAUGUUCAAAGUUCAGCUAACUUAGAGGAGUUUUCAGAUCUUGACGUACGUGACAGUGAAGAAUAUGUGUUUUUAGACGCCAACUCUCAUUUAAGUCAGGAAUCCCAAAACAUUCUGUUUGAAUUACAGAAAGGCAUUCCUUUGGAAAAUCUUGACAAAAUCAAAAAAGCCACAGCUGAUUUGAAACCAUUUUACAGUGAAGAUUCAGAUUCUUAUCAGAUCAGAGGCUGCAGAAAACAUACCUUAAUUGAGAGCCCAUCUUAUAAAUCCCAUAACAGCAGGAAAUACAGAUCAUCUUCCAAAAUGAAAUCUCCUGACUGGUUGUGUCAUAGUUCAAUAAAUACUGCAGAAAUUCAGUCUCGGUCAUCCACCGUAUCAUUCAGAGAAGAGAAACUUUCAUGGACUACCAGGAGAAGAACCAGUUACUCUUUAGCUCCCUUAACUGAAUCAAAUAUUAAACUACACCUUGAAAAAAGCCAAGGCAAGUCUCACAACCACUCAGAAAGCAAAGAAAGAAAGAAGGCCAGGUUUGAUGUAUUUAUUAGGAAGAACAACAUUCACUGGAACUAUGAUCACAGUUACACACACAGUGAAGAGAAAUGCACAAGAAAGAAGAAAAUAUAUGAGUCUGAAAAAUCCUAUUAUUUCCAAAGCAAACACAAAUCAGCAUCAAAACUUCAUUGUGAGGAAAGCAACUUUCAUUCUAAAAGAAAUCAAAACCAGCCAUUUUUUUUUGCUUGCGUACCAGCAGAUUCACUGGAGACAAUACCCCAAACCAUUCGCUGGACUAUUCCCUCGAAAACCUUAAGGAAAAGAAACUUCAGAGUUCCCCUGGUGGCAAAGAUAUCAAAUUCUUGGAAUUUAUGGGGUGCAUCCAAAAAGUUGUUGGGGUCACUCUCAGGAUCCUUUACUACAGUUCAAAACUGA